CCAACAGUCUUUUUUUACCACAACUUGUCACUCGCUCCACCUUUGCAACCAUGAGCGCCCCCAAGCUAGUAACUGCCGCAGACUUUUCCAGGCUCUCAAGCAGCCUUGAGUCCUUCUACAAAGCCAGGCACCAGUCUUUCGCUCCCACUUCCUCCUCCUUGUCUCGCGCCACCACAAAGGUCACUACCAAGACUGAGGUCGCGAAUUCCAGCGAAGGUCCCGCCCAAGAAGAAUCCGACCUUCAUCCCCCGUCUUCUCCAAAUUUGAUGGAUCUGUCUGAUGCUGGGCAGGUCAUGGUCCAAGAUCAUCCUACCACGAAGACCAGUCCAGCGAUCUCUGCCACACCCACGACACAGCCAGCACAAGACCAUGGCGAUAAUGGUCUUUCAACUGAUGUUUACGAGACAGCAGCAUACGCGCCACCCAAGGACUCUCAGAGCACUGCCUCAGAUUUUCCCGACAAAUCAUCCACAGAAGGAUCCAGGCCCCAGGAUCAGUUCUCCUCGUUGUCUGUUCACGAAGGCCACAAGAAAUCAGCAGAUGUGUCUCAAAUUAGCCUCAAAAGGACUUUUAACACAAUACUCGAUUUAUCUGGAUCCAAGUGGGCUAGGGCCGCGGUCGAGGUCGAGAGCCCUAUUACGCUGAAGCCAUUGAUGAGUAUUGCCAGCCAGACUCUGACGCCACCAGUAGAAAUAGUCAAUGCGUACGCCACUAAGUUCGAUACUGGAUCCAAUGUUAACAUGCCGCCCCGGUCAGAGAGCGCAGACAGGAUAGAAUCUGGACCCAAAACGCCGGAAACGGACGAUAGAACCAGAAUGAUGCGGGACAAGAAAGAUCCGAUGUGGAACAAAUCAACAUUGACAGAUUUACAGAAACAAGGAUUGAUCAAGCAGGGACGCGCUCUUGCCAACCUUCAAGUCCAGAAAAUUCCAACAUGGCGAGGUAACGCACUUGUGGGGAAGGUCCAACCGAGGAAGACUCACGAGAAAGCUCCGGAGUGGAUGCAAUUCGAACAUGUGGUCGAACGCGCGCCAAGAAGAAAUAUGAUCUGUUAUGACCGUGAGUUCCUGAUGCGCUUCAAAGACCACAAUACCCUUCCUCACGGAGCCGAGGGUGCUCCUACGAUGGUCCGAGAAAGAGUCGAAGAAACUAAGUACAGACAGGCCUCCGUUGCGAUUAAGUCAGAUACAGAAAUACCUUCAGUCGCACGACCUCGAGUCCCAACAACCAAUUUGCACGAACAGCUGUCUGAUCAACACAAGAUCAACCCACUGUCCAGUCUUCAUGUUGAACAUUCACCAGCCACCAGGAGUGGUGGCAUCAGGUAGGCGACUUGGCAAUCUAUGUGAUACUUGCCUGUGGCUACGUUGUUCUGCUAACUCCCUGUUGUCUACAAUUUUUAUUUUUAUUUUUUAUAUUUAUUUAUUAGUGGCCGCGUCUUCAGCUUCAAGAUCAGAGAACCAAAGGGUCCACCUUCGAUAUCCCUUUUGGAACAGCCUAAUGUAGGCUCUAGGGGCUUCCAUUCCUGCACAAUCUCUUACGGCGUGGAUCGCAAUCGCGAUUGAACGCCUUUCUAGGCGACACUUGCAAUUAAACGCGCGGUAUACUCAAUAGUACGACAGGUUGCAGCUGAUAUUGAUAAAUAAAACCAAU